UCAGCCGUGGUUGUUAUUUUGUGUUCUCGAUUCUCGAAUAUUAACGUAGUGUGGAGCCGUUCGGAAUCGCAUUGUUUCGUUUCGAUUAUAAGUUGUAGUGAAAAGGAAGCGAUGAUUUGUAUCGACUAAGCAAGCAUAGUUAAAAAGGCGAUGUGUUCUCGGGUAAAUCAUAUUUGUUAAAGUUUUACUCUGGAGGAAUUUAAGGACGCCAUUUAAUCAAUUAUCCACGUCGUAAACAACAGACCGGCCCGGUCGGACUAUUAUCAUGUUAUACUCGACCCUUUUCCGUCGUCAUUAUAAUUAUUGUAAAUAAAUUCAACACAUCCGUCGUGUUUCUAUCAGUAUUUAUUGCUUGAAAUGUUCCUAACAAAUUUAGCGUUUGUGUCGUUUGUUAUUAAGUUCAAAGGUAUUGCUAAAAAAAUAUCGCGUGAGUCGUAUUCACCGAUUUGAGGACGCCAUUUUUUGUAAUCGUUUAUCAUUAGCGUUGACAACAGAUGGCCUAAUCGAAUGUCGCAGCUAUAUUAUUUCCCUAUUGUUUUUCAAUAUUCGUUCUUUUCGCCGUCGAUAAAAAAUGCUUUUUGAAUAAAUUAUUCAUCGUUUUGGACUCGUAAUCCUUUGUUUAGAUAUAUUGUAAACGGCCCGCGCCUCAUCGAGAUCAUUGGUAAAUUCCCGCGCACUAUAUUGUCGGCGACGCCGGUUUAUCGUCCAUUCAUAAAUUCGUUGUACAAACUGCCCAGAGGAGUAGAAGACGUGACACCGUUCACCGGCCAAGCGCCGUCGGUCGAUACAACAGUACGUCCCGGCGGCACUGCGUAGUAAAAGUAUACCAGAAAUGACCGGACGCCAUAUUCUGCCGUCGAUGUGGUGUACAGUCUACCAAGUACAAAACUCCGGUUCGUCAGUUGUACCGAUGUAGUGUGCCCAGCCCCUUAUUUGUUGUCUUGCGGUGUUUUUUUUUUUUUUAUCGUUUGCGUCGGUUGUUGUGGAGGCGCGAGGCGGCGUUUAGUUGACGAUCGUUUUCUUCGUUGUGUCGUUAUUUGUUAAUAUUUUAAUUUUUAACGGCGGCCGCAAUCAGAACAGCGUCGUUCAUUCGUUUAUUUCGCAAUAGCCGCUGUCUAGCGAUCCGCUUGUUUGUGUAAUUCGAAUGCGUGUUUUAAAAUAAAAAAAAAAUUUAUCUGGAUGUAACGAAGUUGUUUUGAAUGGUUACCGUCGUGUUGUUGUCUUAUUUAGAACGGUCAAAUUUUUUGUCUACAUUUAUUCUCCACAAAUAAAAUGGGUGUUUGUUUUCUUUGUGAUGCGAAAUUGUACGGUGAACGGACUCGAGUCUGUUCAAGUAUUACACCACAUAGUAAUAUACCAUACCCAGAAAAAAUAGUUGAGCUUCUCGGAGAUGAAUUUGUGGUUAUAGUAACCCCUGCUGAUCACAUGUGCAAAAAAUGCACAUCGCUUUUGACUCAUAUGGACAAGUUGGAAAAUGAUCUGAAACUUGUUAAAAAUGCAAUGUUGUCAUAUAUUCAGAAGAAAUAUGGAAUAUUGCCUCCUGAUCAGGCUGUUAAGGGUGUUGAGAUUGUCAAUGGACACUUAAAAGCAGAUGAACAACUAGAACAGGGUCAACGAAAAGUACCUAGUGGUCUGACAGUUGGAGUUUCUCCCACUUCGACUUCUGCUGCUUCUGUUACUUCAGUCCAAACCCCAUUAAAAAUGUUAAAAACACAACAGCAAACGCAGCAACACCAACAUCAACCACAACAUCAUCAACAACAAUCAUCACAAGAUGGCUCUAAUAAAAUGAAAAUAUACAAAUGCGGUUUUUGUACAUUCCAAUCAAAAGAGCUUGGACAUGUUCGAUUCCACAUGCGCACUCAUAUGAAUAAAAAAGAACCGGAAAAACCUAUUCUUAAUCAAUCAGCGGCCAAAGCAUUAACUCCGGCACCACCACAACAGAAGAAACGACUCUAUAGAUGCCAAGUAUGUUCCAAAUCAUUUGACAGUCGAAUGAAUUGUCUUGAUCACAUUCAGAAAGAUCAUAAUCAGCCAACUGCAUCAACUUCAAAUGGGGAAAGAGAAGCUGAAGAUUCUCGUUCGGUUACUACAUCUAAAACUAACAAGACAGAACUAUCUAAGACACAAGAAAAUAAUCAGCAAGGGGAGACUCCUAUGGAUGUAGAUGAUAAUCAAGAAAGUAAUAAACAAGGAACUGUAGAUACGGAUAUGAUGUUAAAUGACAAUGUCCCCACUGAAGGAUCUGGAGAUAAUGAACAAGAAGAAGAAACUGAAAAUGCAGGUGAAGAAGAAGAAACUGAAAACUCUCAAGAUAAUAAAACUGUUAAAGAAGCUAAAUUGAUUAAAAAAUCUGAGUCUGGACAAGAAGAUGAUGAUGACGAAGAUACAGCUAUGCCUGAACAAGAAGAAGAAGCUGAUCAAGAAGCUCCAGACAGUGUUGAGAAAGACGUUGAUGAAGACAAUUCAAAUGUGGAAAACAAAACAGGAGACUUAGACAUAGAAUCUAUGUUAGCUGCAAUCCAUAAUGAUACUCCUACUAGCAGUGAGGAUUCACAAAACAAAGCUUGAGGUUUUUUCAACCAAUUUAAAAGUUAGUAAACAGUUUCACAAGAUGAUCUAUUUCAUAAUUUAUAAUUUAUUAUUCUUUUAUGUGUUCUCAUUAAUACUUUUUAAUUGACUUUCUUCAGGAGACUAUAUUAUUUAUUUCAAUUAUAUACUUUAAAUUAACAUUAAAUGUACAUAAAUUGAAAAAUUGAAAAUUAUUAGUUCAAUUAAAAACUAAUGUUUAAAGUAGUUUGAUAAUAGUUCACGAAUAAAAAAAAAUCACUUAAUAUUCAAUUAACUACUUUAUCUAUAUCAUAACCAAUAACUGAAAAAAUUUUAAUUAAAUUUAAGUUAGGUGGUAUGGUUGAAAAUUAAAUAUUUUAAAAACAAAAAUGUCCAAAAACACUAAUAUCCAUUAUGGUUUUUUCUACUACUGAAACAUGUUAUUAUUGUCUGCUAUUGUGGUAUUUCUUAUGUGUACUUAAGAAAAUAUUGAAUACUAAUUUCGUUAGAUUUGAGACAUCUAAAUAUGAAUGCAUUUUUCUUAGUUUUUAUUUUAAUGAAUAAUUAUCAUAUAUUCAUCAGCCCAACCUAAAUUAUUUACCAAAUAAAACCAAUUUCUUAGCUGUUAGCUGAGUUAUUGUUUUAUAUUUAUUAUUUGUAAAUGUUACUAAAUAGGGAAGUUAAUAAUUAUUAGUACAAAAAAAUUCAUGAUUAUGAUUGAAAGUUUUCAUAUUAGUAAUAACUUAAUAAGUUCAGAAGCAUAUAAUUUAGUCGUAGUUUUAAUUAUUUUUGUUAAAUCAAUAAUCGUAUUAAAAUUUAACUAAAUUGGCAUAAUGUAACAUAAUAAAAUUCUAAUAGUAUAAUUUAAAAAAUUAAAAUCCAAAAAAAAUAAUUAAUAGUCGUUAUUAGUUUUAAUUAUUAGUUGUAAGCUAUUAUUUCCUAAAUGUUUUAAGUUAAUAUUAAGAAACAAUGUUCAAACCUUGAACUUACUCGUAACCACACCAUAUAUUUAAAGGACAAGUUCAGAGGCAUUAAAUAUGCAAGAAUCUAUGUCAUAGUCUUAAUAAUCUUCAGUUAUUCAAUGAUUGUAUUAACAUUAAAUGUAAAAUAAAAUAAAAUUCCAAAAAAACUAAAAAAAAGUUUAAAAAUUAAAAUCCAAAAAAAUAAUCUUUACUAGUUAUUAAUUUUAUUUAUUUGCUGUAAGCUAAUAUGUUUUAAAUGUUUAAUUUUAUGAUAAGUAAUAAUGUUCAAAUUUUAAAGGGACCUCGUAACCUCUGAAUAUUUUUAGGACAAAUUCAGUCAUUUAACUAUGCAAGAAUCUUUGUCGUAGUUUUAAUAAUCUUUAGUUAUUCAAUAACUGUAUUAACAUUAAAUGUAAAAUAAAAUAAAAUUUCAAAAAAAUUAAAAAAUUAAAAUCCAAAAAAAUAAUUAAUAGUAGUAAUUAGAAUUUUAGUAUAUUAUCUGUAAGUUAUUACUUAUUAUGUUCUAAAUGUUUAAGUUAAUAUUAAGCAACUAUGUUCAAACCUUGAACUUACUCGUAACCACCAUAUUAUAUUAUAAGGACAAGUUCAGAGGCAUUAAAUAUGCAAGAAUCUAUGUCAUAGUCUUAAUAAUCUUCAGUUAUUGAAUGAUUGUAUUAACAUUAAAUGUAAAAUAAAAUAAAAUUCCAAAAAAAUUAAAAAAUUAAAAUCCAAAAAAAUAAUCUAUACUAGUUAUUAAUUUUAUUUAUUUGCUGUAAGCUAAUAUGUUUUAAAUGUUUAAUUUUAUGAUAAGUAAUAAUGUUCAAAUCUUAAAGGGACCUCGUAACCUUGUGAAUAUUUUUAGGACAAAUUCAGAGUCAUUAUAUAUGCAUGUGAUGUAAGAAUCUAUGUCAUAGUUUUAAUAAUUUUUGUUUAAUCAAUAAAAUUAAUAAAAAUAAAGUAAUAUUAUAUAUUAUAUUAUUAUAUUAUAUAUUUUAUAAAGUAAUAAAAUUCUAAAAAUACUAAAAAAAGUUUAAAAAUUAAAAUCAAAAAAAAUAAUUAAUAGUAGUAAUUAGAAUUUUAGUAUAUUAUCUGUAAGUUAUUACUUAUUAUGUUCUAAAUGUUUAAGUUAAUAUUAAGCAACAAUGUUCAAACCUUGAACUUACUCGUAACCACCAUAUUAUAUUAUAAGGACAAGUUCAGAGGCAUUAAAUAUGCAAGAAUCUAUGUCAUAGUCUUAAUAAUCUUCAGUUAUUGAAUGAUUGUAUUAACAUUAAAUGUAAAAUAAAAUAAAAUUCCAAAAAAAUUAAAAAAUUAAAAUCCAAAAAAAUAAUCUAUAAUAGUUAUUAAUUUAAAUUUAUUAUCUGUAAGCUAUUAUUUCUUAAAUAUUUAAGUUAAUAUUAAAUAAGGAAUCCAAAUGGAAUUCAAUGCACAAGUGGUCGUAAUAGUUUUAGGACAAGUUCUAAUGUAUAUAAAUGUACAAGAAUCUUUGUCAUAGUUUAAAUAAUUUUUAUUUAAUCAAUAAUUGUUUUAGAAUUUAACUAAUUUAGCAUAGCACAACAUAAAAUAAAAUUCUUAAAGAACUAAAAAAAAAAAAAAAAUAGAAAUUAAAAUCCAAAAAAAUUAUCUGUAGGAGUUAUUAAUUUUAGUUUAUUAUUUGUAAGUUAUUAUGUCUUAAAUGUAUAAGUUAAUGUUAAGUAAUAAUGUUCAAAUUUUGAACUGGCUGUACAAGAGGAGUAAUAGUUUUAGGACAAGUUCAAAGUCAUAUAAACAUGCAAGAACCUUUGUCAUAGUUUUAACAAAUUAUUUUAAUCAAUAAUUGUAUUAAAUUUAUUUUAAUAGUAAGUUGUAAUUGUUCAUUUUUGUUAAUAAUUUGUAAAAUAUUAUAUACUAAAUUUGUAAAAUAAUAUUUACUAUUAAUAAAAAGAAUUGAUUUUGAUUCCAA